GUCCUUUUGCCUCUUUCUUUCAGAGUCAGUGUCACUGCAAAGGCCGAAGGCCAAAGUCCAAGCAAGUAUUACCUAUUUCUAUCUUACAUGUCUGAUAAACUUCCAACAUCUAUCAACUUGUACGAGGAGCAAGAAUCAAUGGAUCAACACAGUAACCACAUGAUCAUCGAAGUGGCCACCCCUAAUGCUCAUCUUCAACAACCCCAGCAAAUUCUCCUUCCCGGAAUCAGUGGUGGUGACACCACCAGCAGCGGUGGCGAGGACAACAACAACAACGUAAAAUUAGCACCCAAGAAGCGAGCAGAAACAUGGGUUCAAGAAGAGACACGAGCGCUCAUUAGCCUCCGCAGAGAACUCGACUCACUCUUCAACACUUCAAAAUCGAACAAGCACUUGUGGGACCAGAUCUCCUUGAAGAUGAGGGAAAAGGGGUUUGAUAGGUCCCCUACCAUGUGUACUGAUAAAUGGAGGAACUUGUUAAAGGAGUUCAAAAAGGCUAAACACAAUCAAGAACCAAAUGGGUCUGCUAAGAUGUCUUAUCAUAAGGAGAUUGAGGAGAUUCUCAAGGCCAGAAACAAAAAUUAUAAGAACCCUACGCUUAAAGUCGAUACCUUUAUGCAGUUUUCUCAGAAGGGUCUUGACGAUACCAGUAUAACAUUUGGACCUGUCGAAG